AUGAAUACAUGCUAAUCAACAUAAAAUUUGAGAGAUGAUAAAUUUAGCCUUGAAGCAGUAGCUAAAUUGGAUGAUAAUCAGAUUUAAUAAUAUAUGUGCCGCAUCAAUAGUCCACGAAGUAUAAAAGCAUUGCAGAAAACUGGCAUUUCAAUUGAAGACUUCUAACCCCAGAUUAUAAAUAAAUUUUAUGAAUACUUGGAAUAAAAUUAGCCAAAAUAGGAGAAGUCCUAAGAUAUUGCAAAUAUGAAAGCCCAAUUUUUUUCUUAAAGAAGGAAGAAAUGGUUGCAAUAAGCGCUUAAUGAGAGAGAAAAAUUCAUCUAAACAGAGAUGAGCAACCAUUAGAAAACUGCAAGAGAAGAAGCAAGAGGAGGAAGUGGGUUAUAGAAAAUUGUAUGUAGGGAUAGUAUGAGAACAGUUUCGAGUUCAGAGCUCCCUAAGGCUCUUAUUGAUGAUAAAGGAUAUUUAACAGCUAGAUAACAAGAUAAUCUUUAGAAUGUAUUCAAGAAUAGCUAGAUUGACAAAACUCUAAAAUUUUACCAGAUAAAGAUCAAUAAAGAGUUGAGUGAUUAGAAGGCUUAAGAUAAUUUAGACAAAAAAUAUGAGGACUUUUACCUUUACAAAACUUAUAAGAAUGAGGAGAGAGUGUAAUUGAAGAAAAAGAUCAACGAUUAAACAAUCGAGAGAUUAAGAGAGCUUGAAAAUAAUAAGGCAUAAGAGUUGAAGCAAUAAAGAGAGAAUUAUUAGUAAUUCUUGAUGCUUUAAUUAAGUGAAAGAAUGUAAAAGCACUUUAGUAAUUAAUCUAACAAUAAGCAAAAAGAGGAGAUGAUUUAAUAUAGAAGAGAUGAAUUAAGUAGAAAGUUAGAAAACUAUGAGAAUAUGUUAUAAGAGCGGUAUAACUGCAAAAAUUAGGAACUGCUACUGAAUAAUGAAAAUAGAUAGACGAGAAAGCUGUAAGCUUAAAAAACUCAUCGAGAAAAAAUUUAGACAAGAUGUGAAAAGACUAAUAAUCUCUUAAUGUAAGCAGCAGAAUUCAGAUAGCAUGAUAUCCAUUCCAAUGAAAGACAAAAACUUAAGCAUUAUUACUCAGUGCUUGACAAACUUGAUGCAGUAGAAGAGAGAAGAAAGGAAAUGGAUAAAACUUUUAAAGAAAAAAAAGAGUCGAAAAAAGAAAGAUACCAAGAGAUAUUCGAGGCUUAUGAGAGAGGAAUAAAGGAAAUCAAAGAAAUUUUUAGAAAAAGGAUUUAGGAGAAGGAAAAUAUAAUGAUGCUGAGAGACAAACUCAAAAAAUAGAAGAAAAAGGAAAAAGAGGAGUAAAAUAAACUGAAGGAAUGGGAAACACAUAUGAAUGUUACUCAGGCAAAGAGGAAAUAAGAGUUCAAUCAGACAUAGAUGAUUGAGAAACUUACAUUCCAAUAGAAAAGAGUGAACAAAUUCUUGAGGUAAAAAAGUUUGACUAUUUCCCGAGGUCAUUUCAAUAUUAUGGCGGAGUAAAUGAGAAGAUAACUGAUGAAAGAGACAUUUAUAGAGAUGGAGAUUAGAAAUAAAUACCAGGAAAAACUACUUAGAAGAAUUGACUAAGACUUUAAAGAUGAACUCGUUGAUGAAAAUGAUGAGACUAUUAAUGAAGUUCAGCUUCAAUAAAAGUAUACACAUCUGUUCUACCUAAUGAGUCAUUACCAAAAAAUGUUCCAGCAACAGGGCAUGCAUAUCAUUGAGAUCAUGUUCAAAAGAGAAAAAACUCAAAGGUAAAGAAUGAAGGCCUUGUGCUGUAUGAUCUGUAAAUCAAAUCUGUUUGAUGCUGACAUCUAUUACAAUAGCUUAGAUGAGAGAGAAUUCAAUAUUUGUGCUUUUUGUGAAAGUUCUCCAGAGAUUAUAGGACAUCUUUACCCGUUAAUCUUGAUAUACAAAUCAUAUGAUUUGUCUGAAUAAAUUAGAAUAAAGUACAAUUCAUUUAUUUAGAACAAUAAUCCAAAUGAACUUGAAAAAUCUUGCUGCUAUUGUAAAGAGGAAAUUGCAAAAGGUUCGUUUUUUAUGAUUAAUGAGGAAUUCCAAAAAGGAUUAUAUUUUAGUUGUGUGAAAUGUAUGGAUGAUGUGAGACUAGACAAAAUAUACAUGGAAAAGUUUAUUAUCAAGAUAGAUAAACUAGAUUAUUUAAAGACCCUUGAAUUAUGA